AUGUCUGAAGUCCAUGGAGACUCAGAGCUGGUUGUGACAGGCCAAGAGCUUGAUUAUCCUCUGGCUCUGACACCGAGACAAGUGACUCUCCGGGAUAGGGUGACGGUGGCAACACUGAUGCCAUUCGCAUCUCCGGAAGAGGUACCCAAGCCACUCCUUAAAUAUCUCUCUGAUCAAUUCAACAAGGAAAUUGAGAAAGGAGACACAUAUGCUAUGUCCGAGCCCAUUCCACUAGCACAGUUUGGUCGUUACUGGUUCUCUAAUUUUGGUGUGGUCAUGCUGCUGGGUGAGAUUCAAAGUGCAGAGCAGACACAUGCUAUGGACAAAGCAGGUGCCAAUUGGACCAAAAUUUGCCUUGGAGGAUUUCAUAUUCGCCCAAAUUACCCUGGAUGGAGUAGCCAUGUUUGUAACGGUACUUUUAUCGUUACAGAUGCGGCUAGAAACAAAGGUGUAGGUAGGUUGAUGGGUGAAGGUUAUUUGGAGUGGGCACCUCGACUGGGGUAUACGUAUGCAGUAUUCAAUUUGGUCUACGAGAGCAAUGUUGCCUCCUGUCGCCUCUGGGAUUCCCUUGGGUUCAAGCGGAUCGGCAGAAUCCCGGGUGGAGGAAGGUUAAAGUCUCAGCCUGGGGAAUUUGUGGAUGCAAUCAUUUAUGGCAGAGGUCUUAGCUUGGACGGUGAAGAUUCAGUAUCACAAGAUCGGUUUGAGAAGAUCAGAUACUAUUUGAAGCACUCCAAGUACCCUGGAGGAGCGGACCGAGCCGAAAAGAGUCGACUGCGCAGCGCCGCCACCCAUUACAAGCUCAUAGAAGGAGAGGAGGGGGAACAGGAUAAGCUAAUGCUGAAGGACAAGGAAGUGGUAUCAGAUCCACAGCAACAGUAUGAUAUCGCCAAGGUGGUUCACCUCAAACAGCAUGCUGGAAUCAACAAAACUACCGCUGCUAUUGCGAUCAAAUACCACUGGGUGCGAAUCAAAGAGACUGUUAACCGAGUAAUUCGAGAUUGUCCCCAAUGCAAGGAAACGCUCAAAGCGCCGCCUAUUCCUGGUGCUAAAGAGGAGGAUGAGUCACCGCCUGUUGAUGCAUCGGAUAUGCCAGACAGUGCCAUGGAUCAUUCACAAGAACACAUGGAUGUUUCUCAACCGAUGGAUGAAGCACCAGAUGAGCCUCCCAGUCACCAUCCAUUUAUGAACCCGCCAGUGCCUCCUAACGUCCCUGUCCAUGUACCUGGUACGGUACAACCCGUGGCAAACUACCAGCCGCACAUGCCUCUCGAUCCUCAGAUAAUGCAACUACAGCAGCAAUUGCGGCGUUAUCAGCAGCAAAAUGCCAAUGCAAUGAAUGCUGGCUUUCCGCAGGGCCAUAAUAUGGGUAUAACGGGGUUUGAUGAUGCGAUGCGAUAUCACACAGCUAGUAAUGCGUAUCAAAUGAUGGUUGACGAUGGCUCCGAUCCUUUUCGACAAGAAGUGCUGGGACUGAUGAAUCCACCUCCGCACGACACUUUGCAACAUGACGCCGAACUCCUUUCAAAAUAUGGAUAUGGCAGUCCCUCCGAGGGAAAUUAUGAGUUCAACUGA